CGCUGGGGUCCUUUGGAAAUCCCUUAUGAGUUGCUGUAUUUCUUCAGCCAAAUUCAGGUGGCUAACGUGAGUUAGUUCUGCCGUAGAUGCUAUCGAAAAAGACGUGGAAAUUUAGAACUUGGUCAUUUAGUUAACAUAUGAUAGAGAAAUUGUCAUUAGAAUGAAUGGGACAGCAUACUCAAACUUUGACAAUCAAGAACAUGUCCUGAAAUUAGGCGAAACUUUCGAGAAACAACCAAAAAGUGCUUUCCAUACGGUACGAUAUGACUUUAAACCAGCAUCCAUAGACACUACAUGUGAGGGGGAUCUGGAAGUUGGAAAGGGAGAACAAGUCACUAUAACAUUGCCUAACUUGGAGGGAUCCACUGCUCCAGUUACAGUGUUUAAAGGGUCCAAAAGGCCUUAUAUGAAGGAGUGCAUUCUUAUUGUAAACCAUGACACAGGAGAAUAUCGUCUGGAGAAGCUUAGUAGCAAUAUUUCGGUCAAAAAGACCAGAGCGGAGGGCAGCAGUAAGAUCCAGUCACGUCUGGAGCAGCAGACCACUAGGCUCAGCCAGCAAAUGAAGAGUGGCAAUGGAGGGAAAGCCCCAAACAAUUCCAAGAGCUCCCCUGCUAAAGAGAAGUUGUCUCCUGCUUCCCCCAUGGAUGACAUUGAGAGAGAAUUGAUGGCUGAGGCACGAGUGAUGGAUCAGAUGAGCAGUGGUGACAGCUCCUCAGACUCUCAAAGCUCCUCCUCAUCUAGCAGUGAGGACAGCUCAAGCAGCAGCGAUUCUGAAGAUGAAACUCAGCCUUCAUCAGGCAGAUCUCACUCAGCGCCUGCGUCCACCCACAGCAUGCCCAUCCUCACCUCUCAGGAGCGCUUGGAGGAGGGCAGUGGACACCUCAUGAACACACUCAAAAAUGAUCUUCAGCUGAGUGAAUCUGGCAGUGAGAGUGAUGAUGACUGAGAGCAGAAGGACUUAAGGCACACUCCUUGUCGUGGAAUUGAGAGAUGGGGUUAUCAUGACCUGCCCGGUUACUAACACUGUGAUAUGGGGAUUUUUAAUUACCUAUCAACCUUUAAUUAUUAAACAUUUUCUUUCUUCAGAACAGCAGUGUUUUGUCAACACCGGACAUGCUGUGUGGUUGACAGGUUAAAAACUGUGAAAAUUUUCAGAUGAAUUUAAUUAUUUAUUUUUGUUAAAUGCAACUGUGUAGAACCUAUUGUAAUAGGUUUUUUUUUUUUUCUUUUUUUUAAAAACACAGUUAUGUUGACUCACAAAUCAUGUAUGGGUGCCAAAGGUGUGAGAGAAUAUCACUUUAGUUUUGGAGAAAUGUCUUAUUUGUUGUCUGAGGCUGUUUGUUUUAUCUCCAGAUGCCAGAGCAGCAUAUAAUUUAUGGUCUUAAGAUUAUUUGGAAUUGAUGUUAUUCAUUGUACAUCACAACCUUUUAUAAUUGCAAUCUCAUAUUCAGCAGUUUUUGCUUAUAGCCUGCAAUACUUGAAUGUGUCUGUCAUAAUCACAAUUAUUCUAAGAAGGUUGCUUUAAGCAAUUUUAGUGCUGUAACCUGUAGAUAGGAGGUGCUUUUGAUCAGAAAAGUAAGUCUGCUUAUUAUAUAAUUAUAGAGUAAAAUGAAUGUUUUCUGCUUUCCACUACAUUCAUCUGUACCUUGUUUUCUUAUCUGUGAUGAAGCAACAUUCAGAGAGGUCAAAGAUGCCAGUUCUGCUCCUCUGCACAAACUGAAUAGGAAGAUAGUGUCAUUUAUUAGAGCCUGGUGUUGGAAAUGAUAAAUGUGCUUCUACAAAUAAUGCUUGAACAUUAAAGGUGUGUAGAAUAAUAAAAUAA